UACAACGAAGAAGAAUCCUCUUCGUCUCUACUGCUGCAGCAACAGAAGAAGAAGAACGUUGGUCUCCAUUUAUCAUCAAGUCGCUGGAGCUUUCCACGGCCUGGACGACAAUUGUCUAAAAUAUCUUCUCUUAGCUCGAAGAUCGAGCAAGCGAGAUAAGAUACUGAAUCAUCAUGUGGGAUGGACCAGGGCCAGGGCAAGGACCACGGGGAGGACCACCCUUUCGUGGUGAUCAUCGUGGAGAAAUGUUUGGAGGCAGAGAUCGUCCCAUGCCUGAUUAUAGAGGUAGAGAUGGGAUGAACAUGGGUCCCAUGGGUCAUAUGGGCCCAAGACCUCUAGAUCUGCCACAUAUGGACAUGAGGAGGAUGGAUGGGCCACCCAUGAGGGGCCGUGAUAUGGACCCACGUGACAUGCGAGGCCGAGAACCAAACAGAGAUUUUUUCAGAUCCGGUGAGGAGCCCGACUUCAGUCUGAGAAGGCACUAUGAAACGACCAUCAGAGAGAAACUGAUGAAUUCCUCUGGUUUCCCCGGACCAGGCAGGAACUCUGGAGACAUGGGAGGGAGGGGUAUGCCACCAAGGGAACCAAACAGCAGAUUUAUGGACAUGAGAGACAGAGAUUCACUGCAUUUUGACAUGCCACAAUUUAAUAAUCCCAAUAUGGAAGGAAGAAGAGGUGGGUUUCCCAUGGACAGAAUAGAACGAAAUGAUGGAUUUAGGGACAUGCGUGACAGGCCCCCAAUGGGUGACAAUGAUGGCUAUGAUAUGGACUUACCUCCUCGCGAAAGGAGAAUGAUGGACACUGAUCGAAGAGGAGGGCCACCUUUCAAUCCAAGAGGUGGAUUUGACUCUGAUAUGGAUUUCAGAAAUCGUCCAUCCGCUGAUUUUCGUGGUAGGGAUCGAUCUCCCUUAAGAUUUGGAAAGGGCGAUGUCCCUCCAAUGGACAGGGCAAGACCAGACAUGCCCUCAGAUGCUGCUGGCCCUCAACGAUCAGAGUUUAUUGGUGCAGAAGACUCACGAAGAGAAAGAGACUAUCAUGAUUCAAGUGGUAGUCCGCUUAUGGAUUAUCGAAGUGGUGAAGAGAUGACUCUUGCAGAGGAAUGGAAGACCCGUCGCAAGGACAAGAUCCCUUACUCAAACAUGGGUAAAGGUAUGGGAGGUGUACCGGAACCCAACUUCCCUGUGGCUUUUGGCAGAGAUGUAAAUGUUCGAGAUCCACCGCCAUUUCAGGGAAGGGAUAGGCCAUCUGUUGAAUUCCCCGGGAAAGAUGUUGGCUUUCCUCAUGGUGACCACUUUGGUCCUGCUAUGGAUCUCCCAUCAGUUGGCAGCAAAGCUCCACUAGACCGUCCACUCCCAGAAAUAACUCCCCUUCCCGGGCCUCUUGGGAGAGAAAAUGAGAAUAAACACUGGCUUGCUGAAAGGGACCUGAAGCAUAGCCAGAAUAAAUCAAAUCGUGAAGAAAGGCCUCCUUACCAUAAAGAGAAGCAUCCCUCACAUGAAAUUCACGUGCCAAGUGAUUGUUUCAAAGGACUGAAAGACAUCCCACACAAUGAAGGACCUGCCAGGGAUAAAAUGGGAGCAGAGCAUGAUUUCCAAAGCAGCAGCACUGUACAGACAAAAGACCAAGACUACAGGGACAUUGAUUACAGAACAGCGUCCGGGAGAGCUUUUGAUUACAAACACGAGCCACUCCAACCACCAGAGAAACUUGUUAAAGAGUCUAAACCAAUCACGCCCUCAAAAUUUAGUGAGUCUGGUUCUCAGGAUCAAGAUUACAGGAAUGCUUCAGUGGAAGACAAAGUUUCCAACACAAUAUCCAUAAUUGGUAUUCCAAAGACUGCCACAAUGGAGCAGAUUCUUGGGGCCUUUGCAGACCGUGAUGGUGUGCCAAUGCAGGGGAUGAAAAUCAAAAAUGUUGUGCCAGGUUACAGCUACGAUACGGCCUAUGUGGAGUUUUUAAACCUCGAGGAUGCAGUCCACUUCAUGGAGUCCAACAAGGGGUCCCUAAAGGUUGGCACUAGAACGACUUCCAUGAAGUACAUCCAGCCAGGCGAGCAUGGAAGAAGUGUUCAUGAGUCAGAUCACAAAGUACCUCAACAUCAGGAGCCCCAGUUGCCCAGAAAAGAUGUACCUAUAGAAGAGUUGAAGACCAGUCAGAAUGGGUCAGAUCCCAAACGCCCUAUGGAGCCGUUGCCCCACAACCAGUGGCAGCGUAGCUCUGACCUGACUCCAGAGGCCUGGCAGCAGCAGGUGGACCAACAGCUCCAACAGCAAGAAGCUGAGCAGCAUGCAGAGUCUUGGGGCAGCCGCACCCAUCCUCAUCCCAAUUCACGCCAAACUGACACUGUCUUUAAAGACAGCAAAACCAUGAUAAUAAAAAAUGUGAAGCCCACCACCACAGUCGAGACUAUCCUGAAAGCCUUGGAUCCCUUUGCAUAUCUGGAUGAAAGAAAUGUUCGUCUAGUCAAGGCCAAGCCACCAGGAGCCAAGUGCUUCUGCUUUGUUGACAUGGACUCCCAUGAGCAAGUGACACGUCUGGUUGAGCUCCUCACUAAACCCAGACCCCUUUAUAUCGAUGGAGUCAGAGUUUAUGCUGAGGUCGCAAAACCUCUCAAGAACCAGAAUUUCAGAAGAGACUUUGACAAACCAAACAGUUCCAUCCUUGGGUUCCCACCUGAGGCCAGCACAACUGGGCCCCAGCAGUUCCCACAACCUCCACAGUACUUGCAUCCUGUACCGCCACCUGCUGGUGUCCCUGCUGGAAUGCAAGUCGCACCAUUUGUGUCACCAGGUGAUUUGAUGAGCACCAACCCUGCUCUGUCAUCAGACCCAAGCACUGGACAGGGAGUUGGCUACAAUGACACUCCAGCUGUGAAUCCGUCAUACCCGGCCGGUGGAUCCCAUGUUCCCACAGAAGCAGCUGGGAUGACUGUCGGCAUAGACGGGUCACAGGCCUAUGUCUAUGGCUCUGAGAUUCCAGAUAUGACAAACUACUUGUACGAUGCCACAUCAGGCUUCUACUACGAUCCUGAGACGACGCUUUACUAUGACCCUGGCUCAAGGUACUUCUACAAUGCUCAAUCUCAAGAAUACCUGUACUGGGAUGGUGCAUCAAAGACCUAUAUCCCAGUUCCUGGAGGGAAUCCUGUAGAGGCCCAACCUGGGGCGAUGACUGCUGAAGACCAGGCCAUCCUUGCCAACCCAGCAGCAGAUGCUCCUCUGGAAAUGAAGCCACUGGUGCCUCCCCUCCCUGGAGGAGCACCGGCACCAUUCACCAUUUCUGCUACCGGCUCUGCUGGGGAGCCCGCCCCAUCUUCUACAGGAGCUCCAGAGAAAAAAGAUGAUGAUGACGCUGCUAAAAAAGACAAAGAAGAGAAGCCACGAAGUCUCGCGGCUGUCAAGAUCAUGAAAGAUAUGGAGCGCUGGGCAAAGAUCCAGAACCGUCAAAAGGAAAGCGUUCGCGCUGCAUCGCCACUGCUUAAGGGUGGAAUGGACGAUGACAGGAGGCAAUCCAAGUCAGCUGAUGCCGGUUUCGCUAUCUUUGAGAGGAAGAUCUCAGGUGCAGAUGAUCUCUUUAAGAAGCCUCUUGCUCCUCCUAAGAAAGAUGAAAAGUCAAAGCGUCCCAUGGGUUCCCUGGGUAUGCUGGCAUCAGACUACGCUGCUGGAAGUGAUGAAGAGGUGGAAGAAGAUAAAGAGGAGGCAGCUAGAAGCGGUCUGGGCAACCAGUCUGAUGAAAAAGACAACAAACUUACUGACUGGAAGAAGAUGGCCUGCCUGCUGUGUAGGAGACAGUUCCCGAACAAGGACGCUUUGAUCCGCCACCAGCAGCUUUCUGACCUGCACAAACAAAAUAUGGAGAUCCACCUUAAGAUCAAGAGGUCAAAGAAGGAGCUAGAGGCACUGGAGAACCAGGAAAAGGAACUAAGUGCCAGAGAAGGUCCCAGGUCUCCAGAACAGAAAAGAAGAAAACACCAUCACCAACAGCCACAGCAUCAUAAUACCUGGGCAGGGGGCUCCAGGGAGAUGAAUAAAGUCAGUGAAAGACCUGGUUUAGGAGCUGAACCUGCCCCGAGGAAAAAGAAAGAGCCUGUGGUGUGGGACCACGCCUCCUACAAACAAGCUGUACGCAAAGCCAUGUUUGCACGGUUCAAGGAACUUGAGUGAUCUCAUCUGAACACCUCCUCACUUUGAUAUGUGAAAUGUUAAUAUGACACGCUCGGCAUGAGAAAUCCCUUUAACUGUCUUCACUGUUUCUCUGCCACGGACAGCUGAACACCAGAGGCUCAGUUUUCUACACUGAAAUGAAGCGAAAACUGACAUCUCUGUAUCACAUCACAAGGCUACAGCAAAAAGACGUCAAAAAUAUGUUGUACAGAAAGUGUUAAUUCAUGCUGUUUUGAGUAUUUUUGCCCAUGUUUUAUGUGUGGCCUGUAUGUAGAAUUUGUGAAACGUGUCCAGGAUGUCUUUUUUUAAAUGACACUGUCAGACUGGCCACACUUAACAUUUUGUUUUAAAAUUGAAGAGUUUUUACAUUUUCAUUUUCAUGGGUCGGAAUUGCUAUACAUGUGCACACUUUUAAGUAAAAAAAAAAAAAAAAGA